UUAAAUCUUCUUAGGGUUAAUUCGCUAAAAGUAAGAUUGUCGAGAAGAAAUAUCAAAUAUUUUCCAGUUAUUGAAGUAAACAAUCGCAAUGCAACUGAUUUUGAUGUGCAAAUACAUCAGAUAAGUACGAUAUUUUUAAUAACCUUUUGCGAUGAGGUUUAAAGGCUAGAAAUUUGUACAAAAAAGAUUCAACACCUGGGAAGGGAGACAACUGUGUUACCAAGUUUGGGUUUCACGGUACUAAAUUAAAAAAAAUAUUCAUCAACAUCUCAAGGGGGGCAGAACCUUUUGAGUGUGUUCUUAGCUAUGUUGUGAAACAUUAAAGUUCUGAACAGUGCUUUGAUAUUUGUGACAAUGGAGUCUUACUUGAUGAUGCUGUAUGUGACCUUAGAACAGGAGUCGGCUCUCAAAAACUUCUUUGUGGAUCAGGGAUGGACAUUUUCUAAACCAGAUUUGUCUGUCACAACUGAUGAGAUAGGCCCCUCUGUCAAAGAUGUUUCAACUGAAAACUCAUUGAUUGUAUUAAACAGUGGUGUUGGAGAAACUAGGAAGAGGAGAAGGGAUGUUGUACAGAAUAUCGAGUCUACGGUGAAACAUGCUAAAACUUGUCCAAGUCCCUUACCUCCAGAACCUCACAGGCAAAGUGUGCAGACUUUUUCUAGUCAAAAAGCAGAAACUGAAAACAUUGUAAAAGUUAGUGAACUUAAUAGAACCAGAAUUCAAGAUGCUGUCAGAUUGAAGCCUGAUGUGCCAAAAUUUACUGAUUUGACAGUUGGAGCAUUGGGCGCAAGUAAUAAUGACAGUAAUGAGGAUUUAGAAUAUGAACUUAGUGAUGAAGAAACAGGUGUAAAUGAUGGCCUUGAAGAAGUGAAAGAUGAUAUUAAAAAUGUUGGAAAAGAAGCAACUAGAGACAAAUCAGAACAUGAAAUAGUUAUAGAAGAGAAGGAAUUAACGGUAGAGAAUAGUCAGCCUAGAGAUCCAAAAAUACGGAAAAAGAGAGAUGCUUCCACCAUGGUAGACAACAACGAUGGAGACCGGAUGUGCGUCACAUGUCGGCAUUUUGAAAAGCAAGCUAUGAUCAUUGACGAAGGUCCUGGUAUUGCCGAUAAAGCUACUGGAGAACCAAGCACAUACGUAUGUGACAUAUGCGGAAAACAAUUCAUUCAUCAGACGACAUAUAAACGGCAUGUUCGAUCGCACGAGAUGGCAGCUUCCGGAAAAAUUGAACGCGAAAAGAAAUGGAAAUGCAACGAAUGUGAGAAAGUAUUUGGAAGUGAGGGUAAUCUUAAAGAACAUGUUCACCAGGUGCAUUUAAAGAAACCAGGAGAGUACAUGUGUCAUUUGUGUCCAAAAUCUUACACACGUGUAACGCGUUUAGAAGGGCAUCUGAAUACUCACUAUGGUAUCAAACCAUACACGUGCAAGUCGUGCAGCACUGCUUUUUAUGCUAAAUCAUCUUUAAUUGAACAUCAAAAGAAAUGUGAGGGAGGGAUGAUUGUAAGACAUAGAUGUCAGAUUUGUUCCGAAAGGUUCGGCUCACAAAUGGAGCUCAAACAGCAUCGAACACUAGAGCAUGCUAACGUGUUCUGUUCCGCCCCUUGUGGAAGGAAGAUAAAGUGGAAGAGCUCGCUUAAAAAACAUACGUCAACUUGUGCAAAAUGUCAGGACAUUGACGUAGCAAAUAUAAUGAUCUCAGGUGUUUGAAUAAUGGCAUAUGUUUAAUUAUUUCAAAUUUAUUUGUGAUUUUAAUCACAAAAAUGCAGAAAGAAAACACGCAUAUUGUUUCAGCAAAGCGACCAAUAUUAAUGUAUGAAAAGUUUGUUAAACACAAGUGUAUGGCGGCUAUUUAACAAAGGAUGAGUCAGUGCCGCAAAAUGGCUGAUGAUAUAAAAGUAUUACUUAACUGAAUCAUGAAAUCGCUCAAAGAAGUAUUUUGCGUGUUGUUUUAUAUUAAAUUAUUUGUUUUUGUUGUAGGCGUUUGAUUUUUAAAUUCCAAGCUUUAAAUGAAUUCUUUUUUUUUUUUUUGAAAUCACAACUUUUUUUGAGGGAUAAAUAAAUUGUGGACAUAUUGACAGCAUACCCUGAGAUUCCCAAAGAAAUGAUCAACAAAGGUCUUGUAUUACAUGUAUAAGUGGCAAGGUGAUUGAAGUGUUUUUUUGGCUGGUUUUAUGGCAGUUUCCUGUCUUAUUGAUGUGUUUUGCGUAGAUGAACGCUCAACAGAAGAAGGUGUCACCAAAAGACCGGACACAAAUGAUUAACUAUUGAGGAAAUAAUUAUAUCAAUGGUUGAAUAACAUUUUCGCCCAAAAUUAGUUCAUGUAGAAAAUUAGUUCAUGUUCUACAAACUAUUUAAACCCACAAUAUAUAUUUUUACCGAUUCAUAUUUUGAUGAUCCAUAUAAGGCUGGUCCCCAUGUAAUUGUUCGUAUUUCUUCUGAAUAUGAUAUCAAUGUUUUGGAUUUAAAAUGACACCAGAUUUUGUUUUAUAUUUCAUAGAACUCUAUAUCGUUUUAUGUGU